AUGUCUGUGCAAUCUGUCAGUUGUGUUGUGAAUGCUUGGACUGAGAGAAUGUACUACAAGUUUGGGCAGCUUAACAUAUGGCCCCAUAGAGAUAUAAUAAUCAACCAAAUGCCAACGAAAUAUAAGGCAGAUUUUCCAACAUCACUAGUAAUUAUUGAUGGUACUGAAUUACGAACCCAGUCUCCGUGUGCUCUUGCUUUGCAAAGUCAGUUGUACAGUGACUAUAAGUCAAGCACAACUUUGAAAUGCCUCAUUGGCUGUGAUCCACGGGGAUCUCUGCUCUUUGUGUCUGAACUCUUUACAGCUGCAUCUCAGACAAACAAUUAACAGAACAGUCUGGGUUUUAUGACCUUUUAAGAACCCUGAAGUCUAUUGGCUACAUCCAAGAUAAGGAUGCUAUUAUGGCUGACAAAGGAUUUACAAUCCAAACAAAAAUUGAGAAUUUAGGGCUCUCAUUAAACCUGCCACCUUUUGCCAGUGCUGGUAAGCAAAUGUCGGUUGCUGAUAGCAAGAUGACCAGCAAAAUUGCCAAACACAGAGUGCACAUUGAGAGACUUAUCAAAAAGGUGAAGACAUAUUGUAUUGUAUCUGACAAAAUUCCAACCUCUCUUUUUCACACCAUAAACCAAAUUUGGACGGUCUGUUGUUAUUUGACAUUGCUUGAAGAUGUCUUUGUUAAGGGUGAUUAA